AUGUCUCGCACACCGUCUCCGCCGCCCAAAACUUCAAUCGAUCGGCAAACGACGACGCCCUUCCUCCUAAACUUUUGCUACCGAUCGUCCGCGUUCCACAGUCUGACGGACUUCCCUGUCCCGACCCCUUCGAACACUCGACCCCGCCUUCCCGCCCAUCUGCAGAUCUACACAUGGAUGAACUGCACCCUCCGAGAGCUGGCGCAUCUGUUGACCCAGGCUCUUCCUAAUAUUUUGCCCGAACCGAGCAUUGGCACGCGACUGAGCUUCCGGCUCGUCUACCCAGAUCUUCAUGCCAGCCGCGGCGGCGGAGGUCGGCUAGAGACCGAAGGGCGAGCGCGGUAUUUGACCAAAGAGAUAGGAAGCGUAGUCGUCUCGACGGCAGACUCUGAACAUGCCAAUGGAGAAGGCAGCGUGCCCGGAAUCAGGCUUGAAGGCGACGAUGCAGACAAAACCCUUGAAGAUGCAAGGUUCGUCAUUGGCGAUUUCAUCGAUUGUGCUGUGUUUCCACCACUCAGUGAUGGGACUGUUGUGAGUAGAGGAAGCGUCAGUGGUAGAGGCGGCGGAGGUGCAGGCCUGGCUGGUGCGAGGGAGAAUGGCUAUGGGCGAGUAAGAGGGGGUGGGUAUGGAUUGGGCAGAGGCAGCAGUCAUAAUGGGUAUGGCGGCCCUCGAGGGGAAAACUUUGGAGCCCAGGUUAGCAUACCUAGUGGAGAGUGGAGGAGAGGGGAGAGACUACCGGACCAGGGAUUCCGGGGCGGAAGAGGAGGGAGAAGAGCAUUUUGA